UGUGGGUUUGACAUUAGGUCCGGGUUUUACCUCAGCUUUCUUUAUUCCACCCUACCUCCCCGUUUCUUUCCCUGUUUAAUGCGAGCCAGCCUGCCGCAUGUGUCUAUUUAUUUAUUUAUGCUUUCUGUCUGACAUUAUUUAGUUUUAAGUUUUAGUCGUUCCUCCAAUGAGAAGGCGUAAAAGAUGGAGCUCCAUAUUUUAGAGCACAGCUUGAAAGUGGCGAGUAUAGAGAAAGAAGGGAUCGAGAUUUGCACCCACGGAUUAAUAAAACUCGCCUUCUUGGCCUCCAAAACAAGAUGCAAGUUCUUCAGUUUGACAGAGACUCCAGAGGACUACACCAUCAUUGUGGAUGAGGAAGGAUUUAAAGAGUUGCCUCAGUCAAAUCUCAUCAGUGUUGCCGAUGCCACAUGGCUGGCCCUCAACGUGGUGUCAGGUGGCGGUAAUGCUUCCAGUUCGCAACCCAUUGGAGUCACCAAAAUCGCUAAAUCAGUCAUUGCACCACUGGCCGACCACAACAUCUCUGUUUUCAUGCUGUCAACGUAUCAGACCGACUUCAUCCUGGUUCGAGAGCGAGACCUGCCGAUGGUCAUGCACACACUGUCUUCUGAGUUCACGCUGUUCCGGGUGGUCAACGGAGAAACGGUCGCUGCUCACAGUCUGGGAGUCGCCAAUGGAUUUGUAAAGCCGAAACUUGUUCCCCGCCCCAUCAUCCACCCUUUAUCCAGCCCCAGCAACAUGUUCUGUGUGACUAGUCUGGAUCCAGACACGCUGCCCUCUGUAGCGACGCUGCUCAUGGACGUCAUGUUCUACUCUAGAGGGUCCAAAGAGGUUGGAGCGUCCGGCGAGGACUCAAGCCACAUUCGCUUCUUCUCCUUCUCCCUGAUCGAGGGCUACAUCUCGCUGGUCAUGGACGAACAGACGGCUCAGAGGUUUCCAAACAACGUGCUCUUCACCAGCGCCUCUGGUGAGCUCUGGAAAAUGGUUCGAAUUGGAGGACAACCUUUAGGUUUUGAUGAAUGUGGCAUCGUGGCACAAAUAUCAGAACCUCUGGCAACAGCUGACAUUCCUGCUUACUACAUUAGUACCUUCAAGUUUGACCAUGCCCUGGUUCCAGAAGAAAACAUCCAAAGCGUGAUCAGAGCUCUGCGGACCGAGAGCUCAGCCCAGUGAGGAAACUAGCAGAACGACCAUCUUCAAAGUCAUUUCGUUCAAACGUUUAUCAUGCCUAAAAAGUGCCAAGAGUGGGUUGCUGUGGAUCAGCUCUGAAAAGAAGGAGUCUUAAAUGGAGGGAUGCCUUUGUUGCCGUCACGUUUCUUUUAUUCCAGUUUCCUUUCCUGGAGCCCCCUGCUGGCGGUUACUGCUUUAGUUUACUAACCUCUAAAAGCUGCUUCCUCCCACUCCCUGACCCCUCCAGCACCAUACUGAAAGACAUACAUAAAUCCUCUCAUAGAAUGAGACGAAUGUACUCUCCAAAUCAAAGAAGUGUUCAGUAAGCGCUCCUUCUUGACCCCCCCCACGCAGGUCAUUUUUCUCAGUGCCAACGAGUUUGAACGCCCAACCCGAUGCCUUGUCAGAACGCUACAUGUUUGCAGGAGACCGUUUUCUAGAGCGCCGAACUGGCUGAGUGGGAUGUUUUUAUUUGAGCUUUUAGUCCAUGUUAAACUUCUUUCAGCAAUGAUCUGACUGAGUCCUUCACACUUAAGGGUUAUUAUGGGAUGUUUGGUCUGGGGACACAUGAAGGAACUCUAGGAUGUUUGAUGAGUUCACACUGUGAGCAGCCUGGCUGUUUUUAGUAGAACCACGGCGAUUCAAAUGAACUUUCUUUGCUAGAAGGCAGAAUUUAUGAAGCAUUAAUGAAUUUUGGAUUUAUUCUUACCGGUAAUUAUAAUAUACUGAUAGUUAAAACUGCUUUUAUAAUUGACUGUGAAAGAUUUGUAGUUCCCACAUUAUUGGACAUGUUCAGUAAGUUUUAUAUCCAAUACUUUCGUUUACAACUAAAGACACUCCAUCAUCACUGUUACUGUGUGGUGCUCACAAGUCAACUUUCUGCCAACCAAAUAUUAGCUCAUCAGGGUAGAAGCGCACAUUCAGCCCCUACUUUCACCAAGGUUACAGCUUAUACUCUGGAAGUUAAACUUCAGGGGUACUAUAAAGUUCCUCUCAGUUAAGGCUAGUUUUAAGAACUCAAAGAUCACUCUUCACAAUUUACCUUCAAAUAACUUGCAGGUUAGUUUCCUGAACUCAGCCUGGAACUUGCAGAAGAUCGGUGGAUUUUCACGAAAUGCAAUUGUCAAAUUAUGCCAGCAGGUGGCGUGGCCUAACAUAAACAAAGAACAAAAUUUACAACACAGUAACAUGAUCACAGUGUAAAUCAAACUGCCUAGCACUCCCUCCUUAUAUCAGCCAAUCAGGUGAGAGAUAUAUCUCCAGGCAAUAAUGUUUUUGCAGUUUGUCAUAAAUGAAUCUUUCCUCAUCUAAUUAUUUUCCCCGCCAGAAACAGCGCUACAAUACAACCAUAGAAGAACCUCAUGUGCUGCAUUAAUGUUGUAUUGGUAGCGCCGUCGCUCCUGAAUAGAGAAGGUUAGAAAAGGAUGGCAGCCUUGGGAACGUCGGCCCUGACCAGACACAGCCGCUGUGCCUUGUUUCAUACAAAUUAAUAGGAGCAUAUAUUUUUUGACGCCGUCGGCGUACGUCACCCUUUCCUUUAACAAUACUUAGUUUACUUUCUGGAGUGCAGAGGAUACCUGUAUAAUGAGGUAACUUUUAUAAUACAGUGUGGUUUCUAUGUAUAAACGGGAAGUUCCAAAUGUACAGGUUGGUAGUAAUCGACUGCUUGUUGGUAAUAUUGAGCUUUUCAAGCUGCUACAAAAAUUCUCCACUCCAUUUUUGUUCUUGCCUUUUAUUUUAAUGAGGGUGUGUCUGUUUUUAUUCAGUCUUAAUGUUAUUAAUCUAAAUGUAAACGGCAAUCAGCUACAACAAUAAGAACCCUACCUGAUUUAGCCAUUAAAGCUCUGACCCAAUGAGACGUUACCUAUGGGCAUCUUAACCAGGGAGGUUGUUGAUCAACCUGGAGUUUGGAAUCACGGUCAAGACUUUCAGUUCUGUCUGAGUCGUGUGUGCUGUUGAGGCCACGGUUCAAAUGUUAAACGGUCCGACAGCAGAACAUUGCACCAACAACAAAACCAGCUGAACUAAUAGCUGUGCUUCCAUUUCUGGCCAAAAGCUGGGCUGGGAUCCUGAAUUUGGUCCUAAAAGACACGUUUCUGUUAACGAAAAUACAUUUUAAAUGUUUUCUCAAUACUAUGUGUUGGUUUGGUGAGGAUGAAGCUGGAAUCAUGAGUCAGCUAGAACCUCCACAAUGUGGAUAGUAUUAGAUGCUUCUCCUCUCAAUGCAGAAAUGGCCAACUCACUGAUUCAUUGUUGUUGUGGCCUGAAAAAAGGCCUGAAGCAAACCAAAACUUUUCCUUCAUUUCCUUUAACCUUUCCAAAUGUUUGUUAAAAUGUGCAUCAGAAACAGCUAUCGGUGUUUUUGUUUUUUUUUCCCCUUCCUGUCAGGUUUUUAUUGUUGCAGAACACGGUAAAAAAAAUUACGAUCAAUGUUUCCGUAAGGCAUCGCAGGAUGAAAUGCAUCAGACGAUAUAACUGGCUUUAAAUAACUCCUGUGGACAUCUUGAAAACAUUUAUAAAUUAAUUCUUAUCUGGUCCGACCAGGUGCGAACCUCCAUGGUUGGGCCAUGCAGUUGAGCUUUUCUCACUUUAAAAACGUAUUUGGUAAAAGAAACAAGUUGUUCUCUUCAAAUAAUUUAAAACGGUGAACUCUUAAUGAAUGAAACUUCCCAACAUUGAUCUGCAUCGUGCAGAGCUCCAUUUCACGGCAGAACAAGCAGCUUUAUUUUAAAACUUGCAAUAAGAUGUUCUGCAGUUUUCCGACACACCUAACCUGAACGUCCUCUCCGUUUCCGAUGCUCGUGUUGCUCACAGUGUGAAGCCGCAGUGAGACUUGAUGCAUGACUAAUCUACAAUCGUAAUAAAUUACUGAGCCACUUUGAAAAUGUGCUGAACAUAAGCUACGGUUCAUGCAGGGAAGGAACAUCUCUUUCCGAUCCCUGGUGUCCAUUUAGGUUUUGAAGCCGCCCCUCUUCGGCUCCAGUCUGCACUUUAAUGCAGGUCCCCCCCCCCCUGCUGUACUGAUGUGAAAACAGAGAGGAGGACUUAUUUCCUUUACAAUGAUCUUGUCAUGGAACUGGUGAUCAUGUUUUCCCUUCUCCCUGCUUUUCAGCCUCUGAUCAGAUCUGAUUAGCAGAAAUCAUAUUUAUCAGUGUUAAAACUUAAGGAAGUUGACUUUAUUUUCUGAUUAUAUUUUAAAGAAAAAUGUUAAAAGCUUUUCAGUUGGAGCUUCUUGUGUGAAAACAAAAUAAACGAGCUGUUUUUUUGA